AUGGAAGAUUCUGAUGAUUCGAUAUUAGAGGUUGCUGAACAUUCUGAUCAUAAUACACAAACUAGUAAAACUCAAAAAAAAAGAGGCCGUCCAAAAAAUAUACUUUGGGACAAUCAUUUUAAAGAAAUUAAUUUGCAUAAUGAUAGUCACAAAGGUUGGGAAUGUCUAUAUUGUAAAGAACAAAACCUACGUGCAUCUGAUAUAAACAUGAACACACAUUUG